AUGGAUCGCUUCUCCAAGAGAGGCGACGACCUCAUCAGUGACCGUGAUGCCUUGUGGGGGGUUCUGGAGGACGUACUGGGAGAUGCCAAGUCUGGGCAACUCUACUUUAUCCUCGAUGGCUUGGACGAAUGUGACGCAGAGUCACAACACUUCCUUCUUGUGAAGCUCACGAGCCUUUUCCUUUCCACUUCAGUGGCAGCACAGGACAUCUCGAUCAAGCUCAUUAUGACGAGCAGACCCAGCACAGACAUGGACAUAUUAUUUGCGGAGACUUCCCCCGCAAUAUUGGACAUUUCAAUACAUUCUGGGAUGGUCAACGCUGACCUAACAGCAUACAUUGACCAAAAAGUUGAUGUGAUAGCUCGAGAAAAGAGUUACCCGGAAGAUCUCGCGAAAGAAACGAAAGCUGCCCUCCGCAGAGGGGCAGAGGGAACUUUUCUGUGGGCUUCACUUGUUAUUCAGGAUUUGCGACGAGCUGCUCUCUUCGAGGUUGAGGGCAUACUUGGCAAUCUCCCUAAAGGGUUGUACGGAGUGUACGAUUAA